AUGAAUACUACAGCUUUUCGCUUAUUGACAGUUUCCAGGAUAGUGCCCGAUUUUCGGGCCAGUAUUCUUUCAAGAAAGAAAAGUUUUUAUUCUACUGCUGCUGGAAGCACAACAUCGGAGUUCGAUGUUGCUGUGGUGGGUGGUGGAAUUGUUGGUUGCGCUACCGCACGACAGUUAAAAAUUAAAAAUCCGGAAUUGAAAGUAACGUUGCUAGAAAAAGAGGAUCAUGUAGCAUUUCACCAAAGUGGUCACAACAGCGGUGUCCUUCACGCUGGAAUCUAUUAUGCCCCGGGUAGCUUGAAAGCAAAACUUUGUGUUCGUGGUAUCGAUUUGGCAUAUGAAUACUGUGACGAAUAUAAAGUGCCUUAUAAAAGAAUUGGAAAGUUAAUUGUCGCGGUGGAGCCAGUCGAAAUACAACGUCUAGAAGGUCUGAAGGCACUGUGGUCUCCAUAUACAGGUAUUGUUGAUUGGGGAUUAGUUACAAAAUCGUACGCACAAGAUUUCGAAAAUCGUGGUGGUAUUGUAUAUACGAAAUAUCCAUUGAAAACGUUAUUGCUUGUUGGCGAAUCAGAAAAAGAGAACGUCGCGAAUGAUUAUCCUGUUAUUAUCGAAUCAGAACCGUCUUUAUCAAAAAUUCGAUGUAAAUAUGUGAUAACAUGCUGUGGAUUGCAAUCAGAUCGUGUUGCCAAACUUUCGCGUGGUUCACCAGAUCCGAAAAUUAUCCCUUUCCGUGGUGAAUAUCUUUUGUUAACAUCAGAAGAGAAAAAGAAAGCUGUAACAACAAAUGUUUAUCCUGUACCAGAUCCACGCCUCCCUUUUCUUGGUGUCCAUUUCACGCCACGUAUGAAUGGAGAUGUUUGGUUGGGACCGAAUGCAGUUUUAGCGUACAAAAGAGAGGGAUAUAAAUACUCUCAAAUUUCACUACCUGAUUUGUAUGAUGCCUUAACUUACAGAGGUAUGAGAAAACUCAUUUUCAAGUUUUUUGGUUAUGGAAUGAAAGAAUUAUAUCGUGGGAUUUGGAUCAGAGCACAAGUGAAACAGUUGCAAAAAUUUAUGCCUGAUUUGAGAAUAUCGGACGUCGCACGUGGCCCGGCUGGAGUUCGAGCUCAGGCUAUUGACCCAGAUGGUAAUUUGAUUGAUGAUUUUAUUUUCGAUUGUGGUCAAGGAGAAUUGAGCCAUUGUGUAUUGCAUGUGCGAAAUGCACCUAGUCCAGGUGCUACAAGUAGUUUAGCUAUUGCAGAAAUGAUUUGUGAAAAAGCAUCCACCGUGUUCGAUCUCAAGCAUUAG